CAGUCCAUGGAAAUUGGGAUAGGCUGCUUGUGCUCGGCCUUGCCAUACUUGCGACAAACUCAUAAGUACUCAACUCUUGACUUUAGUAUGAUUUUGAGAAAAUUUUCCUUCCCGGGCAGCUGGCGCAUAUGCGCGCGAAUAUCCUUUUCCAGUUUUUUACGCAAUCACACUUUACACCAACACCAAUUAAUUAAAGUCUUUUAUUUAUACCCUCCAAUAAUAGUAAGAGAGAACGGUACAAUACAAAUGUAAACACAAGUACACAACUUUGUAUUCACAAAUAAAUUAAUUAAAGUAUAGAUGUAAAAUUUUAAUAUGCUAUCUGAGUCUGACCAUAUUUGUUUAUCAUUACUACUACAAUUUUAAAAUACCAAAUAAAAGUGCAAUUUUGAGCUUUAAACAAAAAAUCAUUCAAAAUUCAAGCAUCUAUCUCAUCACUUCAAAUUAAAAACCAUCUGUUUAUGAGACAAGUCAAUGGUACCAUUGUCAUCAAAGCCAAGCCAACAAGGAAAACCCACCCCCGUCUUCAUCAUUUCAAUUAAAAUAACCCAAAUUAAGGAUCCAAAAUUUGACUUUGGAGCCAACAACCUCAUUUAUUAUUCCUUUCCUUCCUUAAUUAUUAGUAGCUUAAAGAUUCGCACCCACGAGGCAGCGCUCAAAUAUAGAACCGGCAAAACUCUUAACGAUCGAGUAGAUCAAAUUUUCAUUAUUUUCUCUACACAACCUUCACCAAAAUGUCGACAGCCUGGACGGAAACCUACGCGCCUGCCGCUCACAGUGUAAGCGAGAUAGUAGAAGAAGAAGAAGAAGAAGAAGAAGAAUUAUUUGAGAUAAAUCAUGGGGUGGGUACGGCGUCGAUCAAAGAAGUAGAGAGCAGUUUGUUUUCUUUUGACGUUAAUAACGCAGAGGAGGAGGAUAGCGUGUACGUAGCGGUGGGGAAGAGCAACUCAAGCAUGGAUGCGCUGUCUUGGACGCUGGCCAAUUUUGUCAAUACGUCUACCACCCUCUAUCUCAUACAUGUGUUUCCCGAGAUUCGCCAUAUUCCUUCUCCAUUGGGAAUGCUGCCAAGGAGCCAAGUAUCUCCAACACAAGUGGAGAACUACAUGGCGCAAGAAAGAGGGAAGAGGAGACAACUCCUUGAGAAAUUUCUUGAUAUAUGCUCCGCUUCUAAGGUUAAGGUGGAAACUUUGCUUAUUGAAAGUGAUAUGGUUGCAAAAGCCAUACUAGAUCUAAUACCUAUUCUAAACAUCAGAAAGCUAGUGGUUGGAACCAGCAACUCCAAUCCAAGGAAGCUAAAGUCAAGGAAAGGCAUUAAUGGGAUAGCUGAUCAGAUAUUUCAGAGUGCACCCAAUACUUGCGAGGUUAAGGUCGUAUGUGAAGGAAAAGAGGUAAUUACCCAAAUGAUUGGAUCGCCCUCUCCACGUGCGAAUCACGACUACUUCAAGGCCUUGCAGAAAGCUGAUGAUCACCUUGAUGAUUCUUUUGCGUGCAUGUGUUUCAGACCCAAAAAUUGAGUUAGCUGGGAUAUAUAUGUGUAGCUUAGUUGGGAGAGCGUCGGACAGACUGAAGAUCUGAAGGUCGCGUAUUCGAUCCACGGUCAACGCAUACCCCCUUUCAAUGAAAGGCAUUUUCGACCUGAUCUCCCCAUUUCAUACUGCAAAGAUUUCUUUUCUUUAAUUUGUUCUUAGUUGUUAAGAAACAGAGAAAGCAUUAAGUAAACACACUACUCCGUAACAAGCUCGUAUUGAGUUUGUUUUCACUA